AGUGCCUGUGUGUAUGUAUGUGUGUGUGUGUGUGUGUGUGUGUGUCUCCUUGGACGGGGAAAGAGAAUGGGUCAGAGAGGAAUACUUGGUACAUUUUAACUCAUUCAAACACAUGAUCACAAUUUAACCCUUCUGCGAGGAAUAAAUGAACGAAAAUGAAACGCGACGUCCGGAUUCUGCUGUUAGGGGAACCCAAAGUGGGGAAGACGUCUCUCAUCAUGUCCCUGGUAGGAGAGGAGUUCCCAGAGGAGGUUCCUCUCCGGGCCGAGGAGAUCACCAUACCUGCCGACGUCACACCUGAGAAAGUGCCAACACACAUAGUGGACUACUCCGAGAGCGAGCAGACAGAUGAAGUGCUGCGUAAUGAGAUCAUUAAGGCUAAUGUGGUGUGUGUGGUGUACGACGUCACACAAGAGGAAACCAUCGACAAGAUCCGGACUAAAUGGAUUCCUCUCGUGAACGGCGAGGCUGAGAAAGGCAGCAAGAUUCCCAUCAUCCUGGUGGGUAACAAGUCGGACCUGCGCUCCGGCAGCUCCAUGGAAACCAUCCUGCCAAUCAUGAACCAGUUCUCAGAGAUCGAGACGUGCGUGGAGUGCUCGGCUAAGAACCUGAAAAACAUCUCCGAGCUUUUCUACUAUGCUCAGAAAGCUGUGCUACACCCGACAGCUCCGCUCUACGACCCAGAGGAUAAACAGCUGAAGCCGCAGUGUGUUCGCGCCCUCAGUCGAAUCUUCAGUAUAUCCGAUCAAGACAACGAUCGGAUCCUCAGCGACGCCGAACUCAACAGCUUUCAGAAAUCCUGUUUUGGGAACCCGUUAGCUCCUCAGGCUCUGGAGGACGUGAAGACAGUCGUGUGGAAGAACACCAGUGACGGUGUGCAGGACAAUGGCCUGACUCUUAACGGAUUCCUGUUUCUGAACACGUUGUUCAUUCAGAGAGGUCGUCACGAGACCACGUGGACCAUCCUGCGCAAGUUCGGCUAUGACGACACGCUGGAGCUCACAGACGACUACCUCUACCCGCCGCUGCGCGUGCCCGUGGGUUGUACGACAGAGCUGAACCAUCUCGGAUAUCAGUUCCUCCAGCGGCUCUUCGAGAAGUAUGAUGAGGAUAAGGACUCUGCUCUUUCACCAGCAGAGCUGAAGAACCUGUUUGCUGUGUUUCCCUACAUGCCCUGGACCGAGUCGGUGUACAGUAGUGUCCCAACUACAGAGGAUAACUACAUCUCUCUGCGCGGCUACCUCUGCCAGUGGACGUUGUCAGCGUACCUGGGCGUCCACAGGUGUCUCGAGCAUUUAGGGUACCUCGGGUAUCCCAUCCUGAUGGAGCAGGACUCCCAGACAUCAGCUAUCACUGUAACCAGAGACAAGGCAUUGGACCUUGAGAAGGGACAGACGCAGCGCUCGGUGUUCCUCUGCAAGGUGAUUGGACCGCGUGGGACAGGAAAGUCCGCCUUCCUGAAAGCCUUCCUUGAGCAGAGCCUCAUGGGUGACGAGAGCCGCAGCCCCAGUGCCUUCUCCCUUUACACGAUCAACACCGUCUCCGUCUCCAACCAGGAGAAAUACCUCAUCCUGGAGGAAGUGGACGUGGAAGCCGAGUUCUUGAAAGCGGCGGAUGCAGCGUGUGACGUCGCCUGCCUAAUGUAUGAUGUCAGCGAUCCAGACUCGUUCAACUACUGCGCCAGUAUAUACAAGCAACACUACAUGGGCAGCGGCGUGCCGUGCGUGGUCGUGGGAUCAAAAGCCGACCUGCCGGAGGUGAAGCAGCACCACGGGAUGAGUCCAGCGGAGUUCUGCUACAAACACAGACUUUCCGCGCCGCUGCACUUCACCGCGAUCAACACACACGGCAACACGCACAUCUACAGCAAGCUCGCCUGGGCUGCCAUGUAUCCGCACCUGAACGGUUCAGACAUGAACAGUACGUCCUUCUGGCUGCGUGUGACACUCGGAGCGAUCAGCGUCGGCCUGCUGGGAUUUGCCAUUUACAGAGCAUUCAGCAGGCACAAAUAACACACGCACACACGCACACACACACACACUCCGGCAACAUUCUUCCACCAACUGACCCUGUUCAGCUGCUCCUUUUUAGUCUCUCUCUCUCUCACACACACUCUCACGCACACACACAUGCUAUUAGUCUAACAUUUGUGUUGCGGAACAUUGAACCGCUCCACGAACAAGGUGUGUGUGUGUGUGAGAGAGAGACUGACAGAGAGACAGUGUUUAUUUAUAGGAAGCAGGUGGUCACUGUAUUUAUAAUGCUGACUGGCAGUACAAAGUCCAAACAGAGAUAUUUUUUUCUUUCUUUCCGUAUGAUAAAUAUAUAUAAAAGUAAUCUAAUUAUUACUUUUUAAAACCGAGAGAAGCCACACUUCACCUCUCAGAUCUUUCCAAGCAGAAAAAAUAAAUCCAUUACAGUUUCCUGAUACAGACGAUACAUCCUACAACACAAGCCUAGCAAUUUUUUUUUUUUAAUCAGAUAUGCUGGACAUCACACACACACACACACACAAACUCCCAAGUGGUCCAACUGGAGUCUCAUUACUUCAUAGACACAUGAGAUUUUUUUUAAUGAAGGUGCAUCAAAGCCGCUGUUGUACCACAGAUCUAUUUUGUAAUAAAUGUUUUUUUUUCCCCUCCA